AUGCAACUCCGGGUUUCGCUUGCCGCCGUCGCAUUGGCACUGGCCGUCGUCGCUGUGGCACUCGGGCCUGGCGUUGAGGCACGACCGAUGCACGCGGCUAUUGUCUCCAAGUACCAUCGGUACUUGGAGGAAAAGGACGAGGUGCAGACGGAGUUGGAUAAGUGGCUCGAAGUGUACGGGAAAGAAGGUCGCGGGUUCAUUCCAGUGACCGAGUCCCGAAGCACUGAAGACGAGCGAGAAGACCAGCUACAGCGGUUUUACCUCACGACGGAGCUGAUCAAAGAGGCGCGAGCAGCGAACCCGUUGGCGGAAUUCGGGACGCAGAACCCCUUUACGUUGAUGACCAUGGACGAGUUCCAGCAAUUCCUUCAGAACUCCCAUGUGAGUGCUUAUGCCGAUGCGGGACCUUCACAUGGGACCAAGCCAUCUCGAGGCAAGAACAGCUCGCUGUCAUCGAAGUAUGGGCCGCCGGACGGACAUGGUCACGAUAGCACGGAAGGGGUUGCUCGACAGAAAUCGUCAGAGAUCUCCAUGGAAGGUCCGAGUCCAGCAGCUACUUCAGGAGGACGUCACCUUCGGGAGGCCGAGGAUCGUCCGCUCUCGAUUCAGAUAGGAGGGUUCAGCAUCAAUAGUGACCUGGGGUUCGAACCCACGUCGGAAGCUGACGCGCAAACGACCGAGCAAACUGAACUCGGUGAACCCGAUCAAAGCAGCAGUCCUAGCACCGGUAUCGGUGGAGACAACACGAACGGAGGUUGGAAUUUCGGAGCUGUCUCGAUUGGUGACGGUGCCCAAGUUGCGCCAGUCUCCGAGGGUACUGCUGCUAGUCCCAAUUGGCGGCGAGCAUCUAGUUGGAGUAGCACGAGCUGGUGGGGCACGGGGGGAAGUGGAGACGCAAAUGCUGACACGAGUGCUCGUACGUGGACAUUCAAGUCGGGAACUGGAGACUCGAAUGCUGGCACGUGGAACUUCCCGUCGACGAUGUUGUCCGGAUCGAAUUCGCAGGGGACCCUUGCGGUUAACCCGCAGUGGACUGUCGAUCUAAACUCACAGGAGACUCCAGCCUCGGACUCGCAGCGGAUGCCACCACCAGAUCGAGCGUGGACGCCAGUAUCAGAGUCAGAGUGGACUCCAACAUCAGAGCCGCAGGAAGCUCCCGCAUCAGAGUCACUAGAGUCGCAGGUGAUCCCAACAUCGGAGUCGCAGGAAGCUCCCGCAUCAGAGUCGCAGGAGAGCUCAGCACAAGAGUUGCUGGAGCCUCCAGCCUCGGACUCGAGCUUGACUGGACCUUCUUCAGCUUCGUCACGACCGGAACUUCCUGCUUCCGACCGUAAGCCGUCUGCUGCACAGCCCCCUCCCUAUUCCGAGUCGACAAGAGCUCCAGCUCCGUCCAGUCCGGCCGCCGUAAGUCCCGUAACACCUGCGCCCAAACGUGCACCUGCUGUUGCUCCUGUCAGUGACACCGCCUCGACGACCGGCAGUUCUUCAUCGAGGGCAAGUGACUCAGUUCCAAGCUCGGACGCUGUUGACUGGAGCUCGUCCCCUUGUGUCCACGCUCCUAGUCGGCAAGGUCGGUGUGGCAGUUGCUGGGCGUUCGCCUCCAUUGCAGCCCUCGAAGCUGCUCAGUGCCUUCACCACGGCGACAAGAACGCCUCGUCGUAUUCCAAGCAGCAGCUCGUGAGCUGCGACACCAAGAACUUUGGCUGCAGCGGAGGUGCUCCUGUCUACGCUCUCGAGUACCUCCGGGACAAUGGCGUCUGCACCGAGAGCAGUUACGAGUACACGUCCACCGAAGGAGGGGAACCUGCUGCGUGCACCAAGUCGUGCACCCCCGUCAAGUCCGGGAUCAAGGAGGUCAGGAAGCUCGAACCGGGCGACGAGAGCGCGUUGCUCCAGGCCUUGAACCAGCAGCCGGUCAUUGCGUCCGUCACGUCCAACAAUCCGAUCUGGAAACAGUACAUCAAAGGGGUCAUCACUUCGUGUCCAGCAGCGCCGAACGUGGACCACGCGACGCUUGUCGUGGGCUACGAUGCCACGACGUUCAAGAUCAAGAACUCGUGGGGCACCGAGUGGGGCGAACGUGGCUACGUGCGCAUCAGUCGCAGUGCAGCGAACAUGGGUACAUGCGACGUGCUCAAGGACAUGUCGUACCCGGAACUAUAA